CGGCUCAAAGAGACGGAGAGACGCAGCUCUUCCUCACUGCUCUCUCCCUCCAUCCUCCUCUUCCUACUACUCCGUUCAGAGCCGAGCUCUUUGUCUUUACCUCCUCCUCCUCCUCCUGACAGACGGACCAGUCCUUCAUCGCCAUCAUCAUCCUCGGAGGAAGUCCCCUGACCCUAACCUCACUGGGUCACCAUGGCAACAGUUAUCAGCACGCGGUUCUCUGAUGAGUAUCAGCUGUACGAGGAGCUGGGGAAAGGAGCCUUUUCUGUGGUGCGCCGCUGCGUGAAGGUUCUGUCAGCUCAGGAAUACGCUGCAAAAAUCAUCAACACAAAGAAACUUUCUGCCAGAGAUCAUCAGAAGCUGGACCGUGAAGCUCGGAUCUGUCGGUUACUGAAACACCCCAACAUUGUUCGGCUCCAUGACAGCAUUUCAGAAGAGGCUCAUCAUUACCUCAUUUUUGACCUAGUGACAGGUGGGGAGCUGUUUGAAGACAUCGUAGCCAGAGAAUAUUACAGUGAAGCUGAUGCCAGCCACUGUAUCCAGCAGAUUUUGGAGGCGGUGCUUCACUGUCAUCAGAUGGGUGUGGUCCACCGAGACCUGAAGCCUGAAAACCUUCUGUUAGCUUCCAAAUCCAAAGGAGCUGCGGUGAAACUGGCCGACUUCGGCCUUGCAAUCGAGGUGGAAGGAGACCAACAGGCCUGGUUCGGCUUUGCAGGCACUCCUGGUUAUUUGUCUCCAGAGGUUCUGAGAAAGGACCCGUACGGGAAGGCGGUCGACCUCUGGGCCUGUGGUGUUAUCCUGUACAUCUUGUUGGUGGGAUAUCCUCCAUUCUGGGACGAAGAUCAGCAUCGUCUCUAUCAGCAGAUCAAAGCUGGAGCCUAUGAUUUUCCUUCCCCUGAGUGGGACACGGUGACUCCAGAAGCCAAAGAUCUGAUCAAUAAGAUGUUAACGAUCAACCCGGCCAAACGGAUCACAGCUGCCGAGGCGCUUAAACACCCCUGGAUCUCACAUCGCUCCACGGUGGCGUCCUGUAUGCACCGACAGGAAACAGUCGAGUGCCUAAAGAAAUUCAACGCCAGGAGGAAGUUGAAGGGAGCCAUCCUCACCACCAUGUUGGCCACAAGGAACUUUUCUGGAGGAAAGAGCGGCAGCAACAAGAAGGCUGACGGAGUCAAAGAGUCGUCUGAGAGCACCAACACCACCAUCGAGGACGAAGACACCAGAGGCAGGAAGCAGGACAUCAUUAAAGUGACAGAGCAGCUCAUCGAGGCCAUCAGUAACGGAGACUUUGAGAGCUACACUAAAAUGUGCGAUCCGGCUGUGACAGCGUUUGAACCUGAGGCUUUGGGAAACCUGGUCGAAGGUUUGGACUUUCACCGCUUUUAUUUUGAAAACCUGUGGUCUAAGAACAGCAAACCAGUCCACACUACCAUCCUGAACCCCCACAUCCACCUGGUGGGUGACGAGGCCGCCUGCAUCGCCUACAUCAGAGUGACGCAGUACAUCGACUCCAACGGCACGCCUCGCACCGCCCAGUCAGAGGAGACUAGGGUGUGGCACCGCCGCGACGGCAAGUGGCAGAUUGUCCACUUCCACCGCUCAGGCUCCGCCUCCACGCUCAGCAAGUAA